CCAGCCAAAAGCAUCACCUGCCACCCAGCCCGGCCAAGGGGAUCAGAGACGCUGCCCCGUUCUCACGUGGGGCACCCGGGGCACCGUGGAGCUGGCCCCCGUCACACAGACAUAACCCCAGGUUUGGGGGGCUCUGGCUGGGGGCAGUGACGUGAGGUCGGGUGUGGGAACGGAACAAGGUGCCCCCCUGCCCAGACUGCUGGGGGCUCCCGGCACAGGUUGCUGGGGCAGCCUGGCCAGCGAGGGCCGCGCUCUUCCCAGAUGGGGGAGGCGCCAAGGCCCUCACCCCACAGAGCCCCCAGUGCGCCCCAGCCUGCCCGGGAGCAGGGCAGCCCCCAGCCCCUCUGCGUGCCCGAGCGGGGGGGCGCACGGCCCCAGGGCCAGGCCCCAGGCUCGUUAAGCCAGGCCAGGCACUGGGUGAAGGUGACCCCAUGACAGCGGGACUGAGAAUGCAGCCGGGUGAGCUCAUGACAAAGGCUCCCGGGUCACGUGGGCUGGGCACCUGUCGGUUCCCGUGGGCCCUGGGGUGGAGGAGCAGCACUGCAUAAAGCGCCGGCGCCGGCGGAGCCCCCGCAGCAGCGUGAGCUCGGACGGGGCCCCAGGCGGCUCCGUGGCACAGCCGGCCGCCCUGCCCGGGAGAGGAGCGCUGGGCGCACACCCAGGGCGUGGGGGGGGCAUGGAGGAGCCACCCAUGGAGCAGGGUGUGAAGUGGGCGACGGAGCUGAUUGACCAGAAGCUGGAGGAGCAGGAGCGGCUCAAGAGCCAGGCCCCCAGGAUGCCGCCGGCGGUGGCGAGAAUGGACACGCCGGAGCUCGAGGACGAGAAGCGCCGCGGCCCCGUUCACUGGGGCAUCGAGGGGCUCAAGGGCCAGGGGCGGGCGCGGAAAAGCUCGCUGGACCUGCGCCGGGAGAUCAUCCACGUGGGCGGCAUCCAGUACCUCUUCGAGCUGCGCAAGACGCGCCGGCAGCGAAGGGAGGAGAAGGCGGCGCCGGAGCCCGAGCCGGAGCCAGAGCCGGAGCCUGAGGAGAUCGUGGGCCCCGUGGAGGAGGAGGCGUUCCUGAGGGCAGCUGUGGAGGGCAAGAUCCGGGUCAUUGAGAAGUUCCUGGGGGACGGGGGCUCCCCUGACACCUGUGACGAGUUCCACCGGACGGCCCUGCACCGCGCCUCAUUGGAAGGGCACAUGGAGAUCCUGGAGAGGCUGCUGGACCGUGGCGCCACCGUGGAUUUCCGAGACCGGCUGGACUGCACGGCCGUGCACUGGGCCUGCCGGGGGGGGCACCUGGACGUCGUGAAGCUGCUGCAAGACCGAGGCGCUGACCUCAACCUGAAAGAUAAGCUCCUGAGCACCCCCCUGCAUGUGGCGACCCGAACUGGGCAGACUGACAUUGUGGAGCAUCUGAUCAACACCGGAGUGGAUGUCAACUCCCGGGACAGGGAGGGGGACAGCGCGCUGCAUGACGCCGUGCGGCUCAACCGCUACAAGAUCAUUAAGAUGCUGAUCCUGUACGGGGCGGACAUGAUGGCCCAGAACCUGGGGGUCGGCUCUAUGUGCUCUGCCCGCCACAGUGCUCUGUUCAGUGCCAGAUCCUCCGUCGCUGUGACAUGCCAGGCACAAUCCAGGCCAGCCAUCCCACUGCUCCAUUGUGGGUCUCCCUGUCUCUUUCCUUCGGAUGGACUCUCCUACCCAGCUGGCUGUCAGCAAUGCGCUGUGCAUGCCCGGACGUCUCAGCCUGCACUUCCCCAUUGCUUCGUGUUACACUGAGCGUGUCUCUAACACACAAGUUCCUCAGGCAGUGAGCGGGUGGCAGGGUUGAAAUGACACCCUGCUCUGUGAUCGCUGUGCGUACGCUGACCCCGACUCUCCAGCACGUCUUUUUCCGGAUGAACUUUCUCCUCGCUGCGUCGAGUGAGAGCAUCCUCAGCCAGCGUGUGCCCGCAGGCCUCCUCCAGGCUGCUGGCUGAUCUCAUCAGUGCUGGUUGUCACGGAGUCCCCGUCUCGGUGCGCGGGCACCGCCCCAAUGAAGUCAGUGGGGCUCCGGUCAGUGGGGAUCCCUCAGGGCACACGCUCACCAGGGCAAGAAGCCUCCUGGGCAUCGGUGCUUCCUGGGACUGACCUCGGAGUGUUCAGCCCCCUGUUCGCCCCACGCCGGGAGCUCCCGGCAGCGAGUCCCCCUGGAUCGGACCCCUGAGGAAGCCCUGCCCCCCCACUCUCAGCCAGCGUGGGACACAGACGGGUUGUUAGUCGUCGCUCGGGAGCACAGCGUAGAACAGAGCUUGGGAGCACAGAAAUCGGGGACGGUCACAAAAGUCCAUCUGGGGGGAUCCCCCUGGAGCCCCAAACCAGGAGACCGACUUGCUUCCAGCAGCCCGGCCUCAGACUCUCCUGCUGCCCGUCCUUUGUCCCUUUCCCAGGCAAAAGGGCCGCCUGGUCUCCACCCUUCUCCUUGCUCCAACUGGCACAGCCCCGACCAUCCGUUGCCGGGUCACGGAAUCCUGCGGCCAUUAUCUGUGUCAGGCAGCGAGGGGCAGCCACACCUGCCCACUGGGGUGUGAUGGUGCUGCCCGUGGGAGCCAGCUGAGGUCACUCAGUCAGGGUGAACUGCAAACAGACCGGGGCAGACAAACCCCAAACACUGGUGGAUCUUCCAAUACUGAGAUUUACCAACCAGCACAGAACAGCUUCUGUAGCACCUCCCUGGUUACUCAGAAUCCAAACCCCACAGCUCCCUUCAAGUGCCCAGCCUCAGGCCUCCGUCCAGACACACCUGUCAAACACAUGAUGAUGAUUACUGAAAAUCAGCUGUGUCCCAGGGUUCUUUUACAUUUCCAGCAGUCUUUUGGCCUGAGAAAGCAAUAGGCUUAACUCUCCUUCUCCCAAACAUCCUGGCAAUUAGCACAGGGUAAUGUAUCCAUUAAACAGUUCAGAUACAGGUUACCACAAUCUUCAA